GUUGGCAAAGACAGGUUACCAUCUCAAGAGGACCAUGGAAAGAUGCCUUAUGCUGAAGCAUUUCUCUGGGAAAUUUGGAGGCAUGUCACUAUUGUACCAAUAGGAGCUCACAGGAAGGCAAAAGCUGAUCUUCAUCUUGGAGGCUACUUAAUACCUGAGGGAACUAUUAUUACAACAGCAUUGUAUGCCAUCCACCAUGACCCAAAGAACUUCCAAAAUCCAGAAAUCUUUGAUCCUGAGAGAUUUCUUGACAAUCAUGGAAAUCUUGUGAAGAAUCCCAAAAUUAUGCCAUUCCAAGCAGAUUGUCUUCCAUCAGAGAUAAAGAUGGAAAUCUCAACAGCAUUGGUGAUUUUAUUUUUGGUGUUGCUUGUGUCCACUUACUUGUCCAUGAGGAAACCUUCAACAUAUCCACCAGGACCCUUCAAAUGGCCUUUGGUUGGGACACUUCCUGCUCAACUUAUGAGAAGAACUUUUGGAAUUUGUUACUGGGAAUGGGGUUUGACGUAUGGAAAAAUUUUCAGCAUACAAGUUGGACAACUGGAAGCUGUAGUGGUGACUGAUUUUGACCUGGCUAAAGAGGCAAAUGCCAAGGAGGAACUUUCUGAAAGACCUCAAUUUUAUUUCCUGCACUUCCUCAUGAAAUUCAAAAAUGCAGGACUGAUAUUUUCAAAUGGUCAGGAUUGGAAAACCAGGAGAAGAUUCACACUGAAAAACUUGAGGGACUUCGGAUUUGGAAAAUCCUCCAUGGAGCAACUGAUCCUUGAUGAGAUGCGACAUCUAGCAGAUUCAAUCAAUGUUAGCAAAAAUCCAACGGGAGCCAUUGUAGAGCUUGAUGCAGGAUUGAAUGCUGCAGUGGGAAAUGUCAUCUGGUGGAUUGCAGCAAGCAGAAGAGUUGACAGCAAGGACACUGAGCUCAAGAACAUUCUAGCAACUAUGGAAACCAUUGCUAAAUUUGACAUUUCAAAAAUAAUUGCAUUCAUCCCAGCAAUCAAGCCAUUUGUUCCUGAUUUCAUAUUGGGGAGGAAACAAAGACUUAAGCAAAGGAACAGUGUCUAUGACUACAUGCAAGUGGAUGAUAAACUGGCAUGGUCACUGGCUGACCUGUUCCUUGCUGGAGCAGAAACAACUGCAACCACACUCAGAUGGACCAUUUUGUACCUCAUUGAGUUCCCAGAAAUCCAGGCAAAGCUCCACAAAGAGAUUGACAAUGGAACAAUUGUCAUCACAGCACUCUAUGCAAUUCAUCAUGAUCCAAAGAAUUUCAAGAAUCCAGAGAUCUUCCAUCCUGAACGGUUUCUGGAUGAAGAUGGAAAUCUCAUCAGAAACCCAAAAAUCAUGCCUUUUCAAGCAGGAAAACGACAAUGUUUGGGAGAAACUCUGGCAAGAAUGAAUGCUUUCCUGGGAUUGGUUUACUUGCUGCAAACAUUCAAAUUUGAGAAAGUGCCAGGAUUUCACUACACCUUGGAGCCAAAAUGGAGAGAAGAUCCUAUUCAUGCUCCAGAGCCAUACAAAGGACUCAUUGAUGAACACAGGCGCACUGUUGAUCCAACUGAACCCAGAGACCUCAUUGAUUGUUGCAUCAUUGAGCAGCAGAGGUUGAGAGAAAGUGGAGAGGAUGAUUCUUGCUUUGAACGCAAGUGUCAGAAAUCACUUCUGAGUUAUGACAUACUUGAAUCAGCAUUGGUUGGACAACUGGAUACUGUAGUGCUGACUGAUUUUGACCUUGCUAAAGAGGCCAAUGCCAAGGAGGAACUUUCUGAUAGACCUCAAUUUGAUUUUGUGCAUUUCCUCAUGAAAUACAAAAAUGCAGGACUGAUCUUUUCAAAUGGUCAGGAUUGGAAAACCAGGAGAAGAUUCACACUGAAAAACUUGAGGGACUUUGGAUUUGGAAAAUCCUCCAUGGAGCAACUGAUCCUUGAUGAGAUGCGACAUCUAGCAGACUCAAUCAAUGUUAGCAAAAACCCAAAGGGAGCCAUUGUAGAGCUUGAUGCAGGAUUGAAUGCAGCAGUGGGAAAUGUCAUCUGGUGGAUUACAGCAAGCAGAAGAGUUGACAGCAAGGACACUGAGCUCAAGAACAUUCUGGAAACCAUUGAAACCAUUACUAAAUUUGACAUAUCAAAAAUAAUUGCAUUCAUCCCAGCAAUCAAGCCAUUUGUUCCUGAUUUCAUACUGGGGAAGAAAGAAAGAGUUGAGCAGCGGAACAGUGUCUAUGACUACAUGCAAGUGGAUGAUAAAUUAGCAUGGUCACUGGCUGACCUGUUCAUUGCUGGAGCAGAAACAACUGCAACCACACUCAGAUGGACCAUUUUGUACCUCAUUGAGUUCCCAGAAAUCCAGGCAAAGCUCCACAAAGAGAUUGACAAUGUAGUUGGCAAAGACAGAUUGCCUUCCCAAGAAGACCAUCCCAAGCAAGUGCCAAAAUAUUUCAUUUAUCUUGGUCUGAAUGUUGAUGAACCUGGUCCUAAAAAUGCAGAUGACAAAUUGGCAUGGUCACUGGCUGACCUGUUCAUUGCUGGAGCAGAAACAACUGCAACCACACUCAGAUGGACCAUUUUCAUGGAGUAA